AUGGCAAUUUCAAAGCUUAUUUUGCUUUGCGUUUUAGCCUUCAUUUCUCUUGACGAGGCUAAUGCACAAAGGCUCAAAGCCAAUUUCUACUCCAAUACAUGCCCUAAGCUAGAAAGCAUCGUUAAUCAGACAACUGCGAGGUUCAUUUCUCGUGCACCGUCGCUUGCGCCUGCGCUCUUGAGAAUGCACUUUCACGACUGCUUUGUCGAGGGGUGUGAUGGAUCCAUACUAUUGAACUCAACUUCGAACAACACAGCAGAAAGGGAUGCUUUUCCGAACCUUAGCCUUCGAGGGUUCCAAGUAGUCGAUGCAGUGAAAGCGGACGUGGAAAAACAUUGCCCUCUAACAGUUUCUUGUGCUGAUAUUUUGGCUCUAGUCGCUAGAGAUGCAGUUUCACAAAUUAAGGGACCAUUUUGGUCAGUUCCCUUGGGUCGAAGAGAUGGAAAUGUGUCGACUUCUAAUGGGGCUUUUGCUAAUUUACCACCUCCAAAUUUCAAUAUUACUCAAUUGAUUGCUUCAUUUGCUUCAAAGGGUUUGAAUGUGAAGGAUCUUGUUGUUUUAUCAGGAGGGCACACAAUCGGAAUCUCCCAUUGCUCGAGCAUCGCCGGCCGUAUAUACAAUUUCACGGGAAGAAACGACGCGGACCCUAGCAUGGACCCAAACUACGUGGCCGCUUUGAAAAGGAGAUGCCCCACCGGAGACCAGACGUCCAUUAUCCAAAUGGACCCCGGGAGCUCCCACGAGUUCGACAUCGAUUAUUUCACGAUAGUGAAGAAUAGGAGAGGGCUUUUCGAGACCGAUGCAGCUCUACUAAACAACAAUGAGACAAAUGCAUAUUUGCAACAACAUUCUACCUCAGCAGGGAGUUCAAGUUUCUUCAAGGAUUUUGCUGAAUCAAUGGUGAAGAUGGGGAAAAUUGGUGUUUUGACUGGCAAUGCUGGCCACAUUAGGAGGAUUUGCUCUGCUAUUAAUUGA